AUGAACCACGGGUACGACGACGACGACGAUAUCGGGUACCCCGCUCCCAUGGGCGGCGCUGGCCCCGGCGGCCUACUCGCCCAGUUGAUGGGAGGCGGUCGUGGUGCUUGGGGUCGUCCUCCUCCCGCUUCCUCCUAUGACGACUACUUCAAGGCGUUCUCGGUGGCAACCAUGGCCCAUGGACACGAGCGCCCCCAGCUUAUGUACGGUGGAAAGAUUAUCAUGCCCCCAUCGGCUCUGGCCAAGCUCACCAGUCUCGACAUUGACGGCCCCUGGACCUUCCACCUUCGCAACCCCCGAAACCCCACUGUGAACCAGACGCAUGCCGGUGUCCUCGAGUUCAUCGCCGAGGAGGGCAUUGUUCACCUUCCUGCCUGGAUGAUGAAGACUCUCAACCUCAACGAGGGCGACCCCAUUCGUCUCACUGGCGCGGUUCUUCCCAAGGGCAAGAUGGUCAAGAUCCAGGCCCAGUCUGUCGACUUUCUCCAAGUCACCGACCCCAAGGCAGUUCUCGAGUCUGCUCUCCGCGCGUACUCUGUCCUGAGCAAGGGCGACAUUAUCGAGAUUACCUACAACUCUCUCACGUUCGAGUUCCUUAUCGUCGAGACCAAACCCGAGGGUCCCGGCAUCUCCAUUAUCGACACUGACCUCGAGGUCGACUUUGACACGCCAGUUGGCUACGUCGAGCCUGCUCGUCCGGCCCCUGCUCCCAUCCCCACCAUGGCUGACAAGCUCAAGAUUGACCUCGGCGGUACCACUCUCGCGUCGGCCGACACCUCGCGCCCCGUCUCAUCAAUGUCCGUCAACACGCAGGGCUCGGGUGACCAGGCGCUGGAGAGCUUUACUGGUGUUGGCCAGAGCUUGAGUGGACGUCGCGUCAAGGGCAAGGGCUUGGCAAAGAAGAUCGAAGAAGUGGACCCCACCAGCAAGAUCAACCGCUUUACCGGUCCUCGCGUCAUCACCAACGAUGCCCUCCAGGGAGACCGCCAAGUGCCCUCGGCGCUCGUGCUGCCCGCCGGCAAGUUCUUCUUUGGCUACAAGUACAUCCCCUUUGACGCUGGUGCCGACGCCGAGAAGAAGAAGGCCAAGGAGCCCACGGAGGCUGAGCCAGCUGCUUCGUUCCAAGGCCAGGGCAACUCACUCCGUCGUACGGGCCAGGCGUCUAGCUCUACCUCAUCUCCAGCUCCCGCCGCGGCCGCCCCUGCUGCGUCCGAGGAGAAGCCCGACCCAUGGGCCAACCUCGGCGGCGGACAGACGCUCUCGGGUCGUAAGCGUGCGGCCGCCACCCCUCCUGAACCUGCGCGCCAGCCUUCUCCUCCACAGCCCAGCCGCCAGGAGGUGAUUGACGCGACCAUGCUGGACGAGGACGACUUCUUCCAGAGCUACGACGACGAUGAGGACUACGACGAUAUCAUCGAGAUUGACUCGGACUAG